AUGGAAUGUCCAUCUAUGUUUAUCACCGUCUUAUUAUUCGGCAUUGUUGCAAUACAAUGGUCUAAGGUAGCAUCACUCUCGACAGGUAUUUGCAUCGAUCGGAUAUCAUCACUUAUUACAUUGGCUUGUAAUGGAUGUUUACGAUUUGCUAUAUCAUCAGACUAUAGUAAUGGAAUACAUAUGGAUGGAAAGAAACUAUUACAGAACAUAGCAGAGGAAUGUUGCUAUAAGAGAUGUUCUAUGCCAUACUUUCGAUCAUUAUGUUGCAAUACCUGA